UGCUGUGGUGCUGUUGGACUGUUCCCCUGACACUAUGUUCUCCAGGCUACAGUGUCCUGUCCUGUCCCGCUCCGCCCCCCAAGCCACAGGCAGCCACCAAGAGAGAGACAGACACAACAGCAGGAGGGUAGAGGGAUUCAACAGCAACUGCCAACCUGUGACAUCACACUACCAACCCAAGAGGCUCCUACACAAGAUUGAUGCCGAGAGGUCUCCUGAAGAGGUGUUUGCUCAGAUCUGUCAGGCCAUGGACUCCUGCUAGAGGAACCCACGCAUCUCUACAUCAUCACUACCACCACCCCAGAGAUCUAACUACUACCACCACCCCAGAGGUCUAUCUACUACCACCACCCCAGAGGUCUAUCUACUACCACCGCCCCAGAGGUCUAACUACUACCACCACCCCAGAGGUCUAUCUACUACCACCGCCCCAGAGGUCUAU